UGGAGCAGGGGGGAUCUGCAAGCCUCGCCCGGCCCUGCCCAUGCCGCCAGCGGGCCGCUGAGAUCUGCACGCACGCCCUGCCUGCCCGCGCACGCGUGCGGCUGCGGGUGUCCCCGGAGACGGAAAGCCUCCAUCGCACAGCGGCAAUGGAGGUAAAUUGUUUAACACUAAAAGACUUGAUCAGCCCCAGACAAGCCAGACUAGAUUUUGCCGUUGAAGAUGCAGAAAAUGCACAGAAGGAAAAUAUAUUUGUCGAUCGAUCAAGGAUGACCCCAAAGACUCCGAUGAAAAAUGAACCAAUUGAUCUGUCAAAGCAAAGGAUCUUUACCCCAGAAAGAAAUCCCAUUACUCCAGUAAAGCUGGUGGACAGGCAGCCACAGGUAGAACCAUGGACACCCACAGCCAACCUCAAGAUGCUGAUCAGUGCUGCCAGCCCAGACAUAAGAGACCGGGAGAAGAAGAAGGAGCUGUUCAGACCCAUUGAGAAUAAAGAGGAUGUGUUCGUGAACUCCCUGCAGCUUGAUGUCGUUGGCGACGGUGCUGUGGAUGACUAUGAGAAGCAAAGGCCGAGCAGGAAACAGAAAAGUUUAGGACUGCUGUGCCAGAAAUUCCUCGCUCGCUACCCAAGUUACCCCUUGUCCACUGAGAAAACCACCAUCUCUCUAGAUGAAGUCGCUGUCAGUCUUGGUGUGGAAAGGCGACGCAUCUAUGACAUCGUCAAUGUGCUGGAGUCCCUGCACCUGGUCAGCAGGGUGGCUAAGAAUCAGUAUGGUUGGCAUGGUCGGCACAGCCUGCCCAAAACCCUGAGGACACUACAGAGACUGGGAGAGGAGCAGAAAUAUGAAGAACAGAUGGCCUGCCUCCAACAGAAGGAGCUGGACUUGGUGGAAUAUAGGUUCGGAGAACACAGGAAAGAUGGCUCCCCGGAUUGCCAAGAUCAACACCUACUUGAUUUUGCUGAAUCCGACUACCCCUCCUCCUCUGCAAAUAGCCGGAAAGAUAAAUCUCUAAGAAUUAUGAGCCAGAAGUUUGUCAUGCUGUUCCUUGUCUCCAAAACCAAGAUUGUUACCCUGGACGUGGCUGCCAAAAUCCUCAUAGAAGAAAGCCAAGAUACCCCAGACCACAGUAAAUUCAAAACAAAGGUACGACGGCUCUAUGACAUAGCCAAUGUCCUGACCAGCCUGGCUCUGAUAAAGAAGGUGCACCUCACAGAAGAGCGUGGUCGUAAACCAGCCUUCAAGUGGAUCGGGCCCGUGGACUUCAGCUCCACUGACGAAGAGCUGUUGGAUGUCUCUGCAUCUGUCUUACCGGAAUGGAAGAAAGAAACAUGUGGCCAGAUUCGAGUGUGUGCAAAACAGAGGUUGGCUCGGUACGGUUCCUUUAACACGGUUCAGACGGCUGAGAAGACAGAGAGGAGAGUGAGCUCAGAGCCCAGCAGCCCACAGGGAGGAAAACAAGGGUCAGCUUAUACCCUAGAGAUUGGAAGUCUGGCAGCCAUCUACAGACAGAAAGUUGAAGAUAAUUCACAGGGGGAAGCCAGUAAGAGCGCCGUGCCUCCAGCAAGCAGCUUGGACCCUGCCCUCCCUGCUGACUCAGAAUACUGUGUCAAGCCUUUAGCCCACCCGGUAUUUUCUGUCGCUCAAACAGACUUGCAGGCCUUCUCCACACAGAAUGGUCUAAAUGGACAAGUAGGUGGCCACCUUCCUUCCGUAGCCCCAGAUGCAGAGAGCUUAAAGCCAACCCUGCUUGCUGGCCAACCCCUGGUGUAUGUGCCCUCCUCCCUCAUCAUGCUGUGUGGGAGCCUGCAGGAGGGACUGUCCCCAGAGUCAAGAUCAGAGGAGGACGGUGGCUCUGAAGUCCCAGCUGACCUGUCCCUGGCACCCUCCGCUCAGAAGCGCCUGUGUGAGGAAAGGAAUCCCCACGAGGAAGAUGAGCCUGCUAUGAAAAGACAAAGUCAGGAAUUUGAAGAUAGCCCCUUAUCCCUAGUCAUGCCCAAGAGACCCUCAAACUCCACAGCCAUCGCCUCUCCUGUGACUACAGGAGACGGGAGAUGUACACCCGUGGAAGACACCUUUGUGAAGAAGGGUCAGCUUCCGGCUGCCGAAGAAGUUUCAGGGCAGGCUGUGGCAAACUGCUGCUUCCUUGCUUCUGAGUGUGGAAACCCAUCGAGAAAUCCGGACACCGAAAAGCCUUCAAACGAAAACGAAAUCGCCAAAGACCCCUCCCUACUACAGUAUCUGUAUGUGCAGUCUCCAGCAGGGUUAAAUGGUUUCAACAUGCUCUUACCGGGCGGUCAAACUCCACACGCUGUGGGGUCGUCCUCAGGCCAGCUGCCACCCUUUGGCGUUCCGUGCAUGUUCUUGCCAUCUCCAAGCUUGGCCCCCUUCCCAGUUCUGUAUUCUCCCACGAUACCCGGGCCCAUUUCUUCAGCUCCUGGCACGCUCCCAAACACCGGACCCAUGAAUUUCGGCUUGUCGGCCCUAGGAUCUACAGCUCACCUCCUCCUCAGCCCUGCAGCCAUGGUCAAUCGGAACUCAUCCAUCCCUACCACAGAUCCUCAGUGUCAGCCCUCACUGAACCUGAGUCCAGGGAUGCCAAGCUCACACGGUGCCAUCCACCCCGAGUCCCCAGGUUACAUGAGACAUCCGGUAUCAAUGGGAAAAGUAGAACAGUCACCUGCACCAGCAACUCCCAAGAGUAUCCACCGGAGGCAACGUGAGACAUUUUUCAAGACCCCUGGCAGCCUUGGAGACCCCAUCUUUAGGAGAAGAGAAAGGAACCAAUCACGAAACACUAGCUCAGCCCAGAGACGGCUAGAAAUCUCAAGCAGUGGGCCUGACUAACCUGAUGGCUUCAGUGAGUGGAGUGGCCUCAGCACCUAAGUUCCCUGUGUUCGAGACAAUGUCUUAAGUGGAACACAGCCCAUCACAGUCCUCAGCUUGUGUCCUUGCUCUCUGGCACCCACUGGUUCUGCUAACUUCCCCAUAUCAUGAGUCAACUAUUUUCCUGAAAGUAAUUACUACUAAUUAUGCAUUUAAUACCAGCUAGAGUCCGGGCUCUGCACGCCACAUCAGCAGUACC